AUGCUGGGACGGCGCAACGUGCUCUGGAUGAAGAGUGCUCGGCUGGUUUCCCUGUUUCUGAGCCUGCUUAGCAUCGCAACAGGCUUGGUCUGCUGGUCUCGCUUCAGCACCUUACACGCUGGUUACGUGUACGACAUGGCAGCAGGAAUCAGCUUCAACGUCAGCCAGCUCUCGCAGCUCAGCCACCUGGUAAUGGUCGCAGGACAUGCAGUGGUCAUGGCAGACUCUCUGGAGCACAUCGUGCACAAAGAGUCCGACUGGUUCCUUGAAGCCUAUCAGCGUGGUCAGGACCUUCCCCAAGCCCUCGUCAGCCACAUCAAGGCGGGAGUGGAGGCAGCUGCACUGGAUCCAAGAGCUCUGCUGAUAUUCUCUGGAGGUCAGACUCGUGCUGCAGCGGGACCCCGAAACGAGGGCUGGAGCUACUAUCGGGUAGCCGAGUACUUCGACUGGUGGGGAUACUCUGCAAAUCGCCCUGAUCUUCUAAGGGAGGCGCAGCAGCGCACGCAGCGCACAUCUACAUAUUUGCCAGUGGCACAACGCGCCGUGACGGAGGAGUUCGCCUUGGAUUCCUUCCAGAACGUUCUGUUUUCCCUUUGUCGCUUCAAAGAGGUCGUGGGCCGCUAUCCUGACAGGGUCACCAUCGUGAGUUUCACCUUCAAGAAGCAGCGCUUCUCCGAGUUGCACCGUGGAGCCUUGCGCUUUCCGAGCGCCAGAUUUUCCUACAUCGGCAUCCAGCCACCUCCUGGGUCUCGCUUCGAUCUGGUGAAAGCAGAAUCCGGAGAGCAUGAGGCUGCAAAGCUUUUCCAAUCCGAUCCCUACGGCUGCCACUCGCAAACGUUGGUGGAGAAGAGGCGUGCGAGAAACCCGUUCCAGCGAACAACGCCCUACCUGCUUUCGUGUCCAGAACUCAAGGCGCUCCUGCAGUGGUGCGGGCCGGACAUCUUUCGCGGAGCUCUGCCUUGGGGCUUGCAGACCGAACCCUCAGAGAUGGAAAAAAGCUCUUCGAUUCCGAGUGCCCGCAAUUCUGUUGUCUCAAGAGACUCGGCCUUCGCUCCGGAGCACAGCCUCAAGCGGUUAAAGACUUGA